AUGCUUGCUCGUGCAGCUUUCCGCGCCACCGCGGCCCCGUCCCUCGUCGCCCGUCGCGGCUUCCAGUCCACCCGCGCCCAGCUCUCCAGCCCCUACCACUACCCCGAGGGUCCCCGCAGCAACCUGCCUUUCGACCCGCUGAAGAAGGGCUUUGCCUUCAAGUACUGGGGCUUCAUGGCGACCGGCUUCCUCCUUCCCUUCGGCCUUGCCGUCUGGCAGACGAAGAAGAACAAGCCUUAA